AUGUCUUCCAACAAGAUCUGGCUUCGUGCUGAAACCAAGCCCGCCGAGGCUCGGUCUGCUUUGACUCCAACUACUGCUAAAGCCCUUAUGGAUGCUGGCUAUGAGGUGACUGUAGAGCGCUCUACACAGCGAAUCUUUGAUGAUGAGGAAUUCGCAAAGGUCGGAGCCCCACUAGUUGAGGAGGGCUCCUGGGUGAAGGAUGCCCCGAAGGAUGCAUACGUUUUGGGUCUCAAGGAACUUCCCGAAGAUGACUUCCCUCUUGAGCACGUUCAUAUUACCUUUGCCCAUUGCUAUAAGCAGCAGGGAGGCUGGGAGAAGGUUCUCAGUCGGUGGCCGCGCGGAGGCGGAGCCCUCUUGGAUCUGGAAUUCCUCACUGAUGAUACGGGACGGAGAGUUGCUGCUUUCGGAUGGUCGGCUGGCUAUGCUGGCUCCGCGUUGGCUAUUAAGAACUGGGCUUGGCAAUUGACUCACCCUGAGGGUGAGCCUUUGCCCGGUGAGGUCCCCUACGCUAACCAAGAUCUCUUGAUUCAGUCCGUGAAGGAGUCUCUGGAAGCUGGCAAAAAGCAGUCCGGUCGGUCCCCCAGAGUUCUUGUCAUUGGAGCUCUUGGACGCUGCGGCAACGGUGCUGUGCAACUUGUCAAGGACGUUGGUAUCCCCGAGUCUGAUAUUAUACAGUGGGAUCUUGAAGAGACGAAGAAGGGCGGUCCAUUCAAGGAAAUUGUCGAGGAUGCCGAUAUUUUCGUCAACUGCAUCUACCUCUCUACGAAGAUCCCUCACUUUGUCAACGUUGAGUCUCUCUCUACCCCUAAGCGCCGUUUGUCCGUCAUUUGCGACGUGAGCGCCGAUACCACUAACCCGAACAAUCCCAUCCCUGUGUACGAUAUUACUACCACUUUCGACAAGCCUACAGUACCGGUCACCCUGCCAGCGGGAACACCAGGACCCCGUCUCAGUGUGAUCAGUAUUGAUCACCUCCCCUCCCUCCUCCCCCGCGAAAGCUCCGAAAUGUUCAGUCAAGCACUGCUGCCCAGCCUGUUGCAGUUGAAUGAUCGGGCGAACGCUCGCGUCUGGACGCAGGCGGAAGAAUUGUUCCGGGAGAAGUUGAUGCAAGAAAAAUCGACCACCGUCGCCGCAUAUGCGGCCGGCGCGUCACUCGCCGCUGUCGCCUUAUUCUACGUCUUCGGCCCUAACUACACAAUUGAUGGAGAUGAGUCGAGCGACAGUAACCGCAAAAAGAGCAUUGUCGGUCUAUCCAACCCCGCUAAUGACUGCUUCAUCAACUCGGUCCUGCAGGCACUUGCUGGUCUGGGGGACCUACGUGUUUAUCUGAUUAGAGAGAUUCAUCGGCGUGAGCUGGAUGGCCCAGAGGUCUAUAACACCUUGCCGGAUGUGAAAGUGCUAGCGAGCGGCGAGAAGCCGGAAAAGGCCCGGGAGUUGCAGCAAGGCACUAUUACUCGGGCUUUGAAAGAGAUGCUAGACCGGUUGAAUGAGCGCCCGAUUUACAAGAAAACAAUUUCAGCACGGCCAUUCAUCCAGGCUCUCGAAUACGCCUACCGGACACGGCUUAGCCGAAAUCAACAGGAUGCGCAGGAGUUCUUGCAGAUUGUCGCUGAACGGCUUUGCGAUGAAUAUCAUGCCGGCGUCAAAGCCCGACAGCGAUUGCAGGCUCCUAUUGAGGUUCCCGCGGCCCCAGAAAUUUCCGAGGACCCCGAAGAUGACACACCUGCGAAGAGCCCGUCUGAAAUCGAGGUACGUAUUGACGACGGAUCCGAGAAUGGUCUACCAGCAAUUAUUGACACCAAACUCAACGAGAUUGACAAUGAGUGUGGCUUUCCGUUUGAAGGGAAGCUAGAGUCUCAAAUUGAAUGCCAAUCCUGCCACUACAAAUACAAACCUAAUCAGACGUCGUUUGUCAAUUUGACGCUACAAGUGCCUCAAAAGAGCUCGACUACUCUCAGUGCGUGUUUUGACGGUCUGCUCAAGACCGAAUACAUCGACGACUUUCGAUGUGACAGAUGCCGACUGCAGCAUGCACUAGAAAUAAAAAUGCACGAGCUAGGUCAAACACGCGGGUUAAAAGACCAGCAGCACCUCCAGGUAGAAAUUCAAAAAAUACAAAACGCUCUCUCAACCGAUCCAGAGGGCCCGCUGGAAGGCGUUAAACUCCCACCUGCAGAGGUUGCUCCAAAGCGGAAAAUUGCACGCCAUAUGCGCAUAACGGUCUUCCCAAAAAUAAUUGCGAUCCAUCUCUCAAGGUCCAUUUUCGAUCAGAGCAGUUCUACCAAGAACGCGGCCAAGGUAGCCUUCCCUGAACGACUUCCGUUGGGGGGUAUCUUGAACCAAAAGUGGUUUAAGCUGCUGGCGAUCGUCUGCCAUAAGGGCAGUCACAACAGCGGCCAUUACGAAUCCUUCCGACGAAACCAUCUCUAUCCGCCAUUCUCAACGCCGGAUGCUUUUAGUUCGUAUGCACAGAGUCGAGUUACAAGUGCGAAUCCAUCGCAAGUACCGAGCCCCCACCUGGGAACUCGUUCUUUGGAUGCAGAGCCUCCAGCCCUUAGCAUCUCGACCUCCACAUCAUCAACAUCCCCUUCGUCUCUUUCGUCUCCGGCCCCCUCGCGAUCCCCUUCGACGAAGAAGUCUCCUACAGCUACAUCACAAUUGAACCCCCCGGCAUCCCCGGCACCCCGGCCAAGCACGUCAUCAAGCUCUCGUGUUUCUUUCCAGAGUCACCGCUACAGAUCCAAACAGAACUUAUCGCCAACAUCAGAUGCCCAGAGCCCUACGACUGACGGUGGGCGGUGGAGCAAGUCCAGCUCGCGGCCAUCUUUCAUGAGUGAUCGCAUAACCCCGGGUACUUCUGUGGAUUCUGUGGGCCCUACCUCUCGUCUUCGCCGUCGCCGUAAAGCAAACGAUCGAUGGUGGCGCAUCUCGGAUGAGAAAGUCAAGGAAUGUAAGACGUCAGACGUUUUGGGGAUGCAGAAAGAGGUAUACCUUUUAUUCUACGAGAUGGAAAAGCCAACCAACGGCCUACCGGUUUCAUAG